GGUUGGCUCCACCUGGUGGUUGGGUUGGACAAUACCGCAGCCGUGAGGUGUCAGUGUUUGCUCGAGAUGAUCAAAAAGAAGACUGCGUUAAGAUGGGUCCAGAGGCUGAAGAACAAGUAACUUGCUUAGAGAUGAAGAGUGACUAUGUUCAAGAACCAUCCAGAAAUGAUUCAUUAGACAUAAUCAAGAAGCUUGGCAUUGUCCAAUCAAUGAAUACGGAUGAAAAGAUUAAACAAUUUCAAAUAUUUCUCUCAACUGCUCUGAUAAACGAUCUGGUACGCCAGCUGAGUGAAGUGCAGUAUCUGUUUCUAUUACACUACUUUGUUAUGGCUCUUUGUUCUAGAGGCCAAGCACAGGAUCUAUCUGAAGCUGAAAAACAGAUUAUGGCAAUUAAGAAAAUGACAAAGGAGACCCCAGAAUGUCAAAGUUUUGUGUAUGUCGUGUAUCACACGCUUGGCUGUUUAUACUUCAAGCAAAAUAGAUUUGAAGACGCAAUGAAAUGGUUUCAGAAUUCAAAGCAAGAAUUUCAGGAUAACCCUCCAACUAUAGAAUGGACUGAUGUGGUGCUAAAAGCAGAAGAGAUUGAACCAAAACAUUUUGUAAUCAAAAUAAAUGAAUAUAUUGAAAUAUGUAAACAUGCUCCUAAUCCUGUAGCCAUCUGCCAAGAUGCAAAUUGUCAUGGAUAUUACAAAAGGCAAAUCUAUCCAUCUGACCCAGAUUACAAGGGCUAUAUAGAAUUUUGCUGUGACUCUUAUUGCUUGAUAUCAUAUCAUCUUACUUGCUGGAAAAGGUUAAAGGAGACUCGGUACCAUGGGAAAUCUAAUCAGCAUUUCUGCUCAAUGAAAUGUAUGAGCAGUGACUGUGAAGGUCUGAUUAUAAAAUGUGUAAUUCACCAAGCUUCAGGAAGUAUACAGACUGAGUUUGAGAUAAAAAUUUCAGACCAGUCAUCACAAAUUUCAACUGUAAAACAUGAAGAAAAGGCAGUAGAUACCCCAGAAGGAUCAAAUCAGUGUAAUGAACAGAAUGAGUAUGAGAAAGGAAGGAAAGAAAAAGAAACAGAUAUACCUCUGUCAACAGAUAAAUGUCGCUUGUUCCAUGAAAUCGCUAUGAAAAGAAAAUUGAUUGAAAGUGCAAUUGUUGAAACUGGAAAAAUACCUAAACUAAUAAUCAGUUGUAAUUUGGAAGAAGCAUUUGUGGAGAAAAACAGUGAAAUUACUGCAGAAAUGAUUGUAAACCAUGUUUUAGAGUGGAACUGCAAUUAUAAAAUCCGACAAUUUUUAAUGAUGUUUAAAUAUGAGAAUCUUUCUAAUCACCCAGAACUAAAGGAAUGGAUAACUUAUAUUUUGGAACUGGGUGAUCAGUGCAGCCUGUGCUUCCUGUAUAGCUACAAAAAUGUUAUAAUUCAGAUUCUUCAUGACAUGGAAAAUCUCCUCAACUUUGCUCAAAAGCUCCUUUCAAGAAAGGCCUUAAGUAAAGAAGAAAUAAAGGUACUAGCUGUAACCCCAUCUGAACAAAGACCAAACAUGCUGAUGGAACAAAUGACUAGUCACAAAGAUGUCUGGAAGAUGGGCGAGCUCGUGUUUGCCCUGGGCGAAGAACAAGAUCAGCUACCCAAACUGAAGCCUUUGUUUGAUGAAUUUAACCGAGAGUUUGAGAAAUUCAACAAAGGCCAUGUCCCUAGUUUUGGAACUAUAUUGCCUGCGGAUCCUCUUUCCCAGAACAUGGAUUAUACCUUAUUUUACCGUCUCCUUCAUCUACUAAUAAUAAAGGGAACUGAGGUCCUUUUACAGAUAUUUGAUCGGGCUGUACCACCUCAGAUACUGAAGAGGGAAUUACUGAAAAAUAAACGCAUUCUGGAGCCUUAUCACAAGGGCUCAUCUCGGUCUGUGCUUAACUCCGGUGAAUGGACCCUACUUUUCCCACCUGACAACGAACAGCCCGAUUCCAAGAGAUUUGACAUCACGUUACUGGCAUCACUUAUUAGACACCUAAAGAUCCUUCCUGCACCACGUGGUGGCUGGGAUGCUGAACCAUUGGCAAAUGAUCAGAGCAAAAGUGCAGCUGUAUUGCAUCUUUGGAACUUUCGAAACAAGCUUCUGUUUGAAACUCUGAACACCGGAAUUGAGGAACCUGAAUUUGCUAUUGAGUGGGACAGAAUCACAGAAGUCCUUGUAAGCCUAGGAGCAGAUCGUAAAUCAUUAAAGGAGCUUAAAAAUUGCCCUGUUGAAAAACUCUGGGAGGAUCACCAUCAACUGGCUGGUUAUCUGGGCAAACCUGUGGCCGAUGUCAUGCAGUUGCUGUUGUCAUUUUUCCAACAAGGAACACCAAUACAGACGAAAGGAGAAAUGUCAACAAACUCAACUGGCCUGCCUGCACUUACUGCUACACAAGAGACAAAAGAGCAAACAAUGGAGCCAGCAGACUUAAAGAAUGAUGAUGACUCGAUGGUAUCGAAAGCCAAAACUAAGUCUAAGAAGAAAAAGAAAAAGUCUAAAGGUAAAAAGGCUCAAACAAAUGAAGAUAAUCAGAAUAUAACUCAGGAUAUAACACCUCAUCAAUGUGAGACCCUAUCAAUUCCGGUGCAAGAGAACCAGGUGGAUGGUAGCAGAAGCAAGAAGCAAGUGGCAAAUUCCAGCUGUGAUGUGUCUACAUUUAGUGCCAGCGUAGCUGCCUCAUCACAACUUGCAUUUGGUACUAUGCCUAACAACAGUAAUGCUGGUCCCUUUCUAACAAGUCAUGACGUCAACAAACUUGAUGACUUCCCUGACCAAACUUACCAAAGUGACGGAGAGCUGGAUGACAUUGAAAAUACUCUCAUUGAUGAGGAGUCCACGGGUUCCUCAGUAUGUACCCCAUCAGAUUUGUAUUCCUCCUCAUCAGUAGGUGAUGGAGCCAUUAAUGUACAGCAGAACCUAUGGCAAAAUGUGAAAGAGAAAUCGGAAAUGAGACAGAAGUUACUUGCGUUACAAAAUGAAAACCAAACUCUCGUAAGGAAUUUAGACCAAUUAAUAACCAAGCUCAAGGAAGAGCAGCAACAAAGGAUCCGUGCAGAGAACCAGUAUUCAAGACUCCAAGAACGUUAUCAGCUAGAAAUAUCUAGGGUGAACCAGCAACUUCAGAGCAAGGAUGAAGAAAUAAAGAAAAUUACAACGCAGUUUGCAAAUGAACGAACAUUGUGGAAUAAAGACAAAGCAAAGCUAGAAGAUAUAAGCGCAAAAAACAUUACAAAGCUGGUAGAGGCAACAAAGCGAGCAGUAGCCGCUGAGAUUUUGUUCUUGGAAUGCCGUAGGGAUAAUGGCCUAUUCCAGUUGCAACAGGCUGAGCAAGACAGUUCAGUUCGGCUCAGGACAGCAGAAGAAAAUCUGACGGGGAAUCCUGAGUCUGCUCACUUACAUGCGACAGUUGAUGGCUGGCAAGCAAUUGUAGCUGAUAUAAGAAACAAAAUUGAUUUUACGAAGAACCAGUUUGAUGAACAGAUAAACUUGGUGAAGAGUGGAACGAAAUUGAGCAUGCUUCCAAAGAUUAAAAUUCCACCGCCACCUCCACACCCUGAUGCAGUUAUGAAGCAUUUUCUGGAACAGCAUUUGCAAGCGAAAGCCAGCGAUGUGCUGACAGGAUUCGGGCCCUCGAAGUCUUCGAGUGGAACACUGACAAAUGUCACAGGGCAGGCUGAAGCUUCGGCAGCUGCAUAUGAACAGGUUCGAGGGACUAUCCCGAUAUCUGAACAAACCGCAUCCCAGCAAUUUUUACCUGCUACCAAAGGAUCAACAGGGCUAACAGCAACACUGGGAGGAACCCGUGGAAAGAACAGUUUUGAGAGAAUAAUGGAGAGGCUUUCAACGUCGUAUCCCCAUUUUACCAGGGGGUCAUUAACUGAUUUCUUGAAAGAAGUAAGGCUGUCCAAUGGUGGAUCCCUUUCAGGAUUAUCCUAUGAUGAAAUUGUCAAUAAAGUAGCACAGUUGGUUGAAUCAAAACUCUCUGAGAGCAGCAACAGUGGUCAAAAUCAGCCCCCUAAUCAAUUUGCUUGGAGUUCGUCUAGGCAGCAGGAAUUUAACUCAUGGGAAGGAGCCAGGGCAAUGACCGAGGAACAAGACCCUUGUGUGAUCUGUCAUGAAGAACUUACUGUAGAGUCCAUGCUGGUUUUACCAUGUGCCCACAAGUUCCACUCCCAGUGCAUCGAAUCAUGGCUGAAUGAGCAAAGGACGUGUCCAACUUGCAGACUUCACGUUGUGCUACCACAAGAAUUCCCAGGUCUCCCCAGCAGAAAGGUUCCUCAUUAUGCACAGUUCAGAAACAGGAAUAAAUGAAAUUUACCCAA